AUGAUCUCCACAAAUGACAGUUCAGCCGGAUACCCGGUAUUAAAACUGAGCUUAACGUUAAACCAUAUAUCUUUGAACUCGCACCCAGAAGAAGUGUCACUACGACAAACUCAAUCGAGUAGAUCUAAACAUGAUUAUCAUCAUGAGGAAAUCAAGGUGAGAUCAAGAUCGUUGCCGUUCAUCCACAGGUUCAUCACUAAUUGGCUAAUCAUGGAUCCAGUGUUGAAACGAAAGUAUCAAACUCAUUCAUCCUCAGGCAAGAACUAUGAAAUUGAAAAGGAUCCAGAUGUGAAGUUUGUCUUCUUUUUCGGUGGUCGCCUACUCAGCAUCAAAGGUAAACCAAUCAAUAUCAUAACUGGUGCGUUAAUUGUUAUUCCUGUAGUAAUCUAUUGCAUAUUUGAAGCUAAGUGGCAGUGGCACCAUUUGCUGCCGGCAGUGGUGAUUACAUUCAUCUAUAUUUGGUUGCUUGCAUUUUGUCAUUUCUGGAAAGCUGCCACAAGCGAUGCAGGUAUGUUGCCGAAAAACUUGCAUAUUCCGAAAUCUAUAAACAAUGAGAAAGUUGAUAAUCCGCCGGAUGAAUAUUUCAAUAGCAUUACAUUGCCAUCAUAUGGAAACACCAAAGAUGGAGUUGUCGUCAAGUAUUGUUCAACGUGUCAUAUUUGGCGUCCGCCAAGAACAAGUCACUGUGGUACAUGUCAAGUGUGUAUUUUGAACCAUGACCAUCAUUGUGUGUUUUUAAACAACUGCGUUGGGGAGAGGAAUUACAUGUACUUUUUGUGGUUUUUGUUGUUGGCUUGUGUUGGGUGCAUUUACCUACUAAUUAUUUCAAUAGUGCAACUUUGCUAUUAUCAAAUUGGAGAGGUUUCCGAUGUCGCAAGCAUGUCUCAGUCUGUGAAACACUUUCCAUUAAGUUUGUUUUUGAUAAUUUAUUCAAUUGUGGCGCUAUUGUACCCCUUGUUAUUACUUGCUUUCCAUUUGUUCUUGACAAGUCAAAACAUAACCACCAGAGAGUACUUGAAUAAUGUUUACAAAAGGAAACACAAUGAUUUCGUUAAUGUAUUUGAUACCCACUCAAUUGCAAAGAACUUGUAUAUUAAUUGGUUUGGUUCUUCACGAGGUGUUAAUUUAACAUUUCCAAGGGAUAAAUAUCAACCAGGUGACAUAAGAUAUGAAAAGAUCGAACCCCUAGAAUUGUUCAGUAUAGAGUAUGAAAGGAAAUGA